AUGAAAGUUACGGUUAAGAGUCCCAUCGUGGAGAUGGACGGAGAUGAGCAAACGCGAAUCAUUUGGCAAUUGAUUAAGGAUAAGCUGAUUUUACCCUUCUUGGAUGUGGAUUUGAAGUACUACGACUUGUCAGUGACGAAUAGAGACGACACUAACGACCAAGUAACUGUGGAUUCUGCCAAUGCCACCUUGAAGUACGGUGUGGCUGUUAAAUGUGCUACAAUUACCCCGGAUGAAGCUAGAGUUGAAGAAUUUAAGCUUAAGAAGAUGUGGAGGUCCCCUAAUGGUACUAUCAGAAACAUUCUUGGUGGAACUGUUUUUAGAGAACCAAUUGUGAUUCCAAGGAUUCCAAGACUGGUUCCACAGUGGGAGAAAGCCAUUAUUAUCGGUAGACACGCAUUUGGGGACCAAUACCGUGCCACAGACGUGGUAAUCCCUGGGGAAGGUGAGUUGAGACUUGUUUUCAAGUCCAAGGAUGGUAAAAGUGACCAGGAUUUGCAUGUGUUUGAUUUCCCUAAGGAUGGUGGUGUUGGUAUGGCAAUGUACAACACCACUGAGUCUAUCACAGGUUUUGCAAAGGCUUCUUUCGAGUUAGCACUCGAACGUAAGCUACCAUUGUACUCCACCACCAAAAAUACUAUCUUGAAAAAGUAUGAUGGUAAAUUCAAGGAUGUGUUCGAGCAAAUGUACGCAGAUCAAUAUCAAAGCCGGUUCGAAGAGCUUGGAAUCUGGUAUGAGCAUAGACUCAUCGACGAUAUGGUUGCUCAAAUGCUCAAAUCGAAAGGUGGGUUCAUCAUCGCUAUGAAGAACUAUGAUGGUGAUGUGGAGUCCGAUAUCGUCGCUCAGGGUUUUGGAUCUCUUGGUUUGAUGACCUCUGUGCUAGUGACACCAGAUGGUAAGACUUUUGAGAGUGAAGCAGCCCACGGUACGGUUACCAGGCAUUUCAGACAACAUCAACAGGGGAAAGAAACAUCAACAAACUCAAUUGCUUCUAUUUUCGCUUGGACUAGAGGUGUCAUUCAACGUGGUAAGCUUGACGACACUCCUGAAGUGGUGAGGUUCGGUGAACUUCUCGAGAAGGCCACUGUUGACACCGUUCAAGUCGAUGGGAUCAUGACUAAGGAUUUGGCUUUAAUCUUGGGCAAGACAGACCGCUCUUCUUACACAACCACAGAAGGUUUUAUCGACUCCGUCGAACACAGACUAGUGAAGGAAUUCCAGCACGCAUUUCCAUCGAGGCUAUAA